GCGAAGCAGUGUGUAGGAGCAGUCGCGCGAGGAUUGUUGAAACUCAAACUCUUCUCACAAUCAAAUCAUUGCGCGCUGAAAACAUGUCAAACGACGAAACGCUUCGCUCUUUAAUGUUUACGCUUAGUUAUGUGCUGAUGAAGCGACGUCGGGACGUCACGAGCGCGGACGCGCAGCGGCGACGCGAAGUGCAGCGGCGCGUCACUCACAGACAGUAUUUCCAUCAGAAACACAAGAGGAUGCUCAUGAUGAUGAUUGCACAAACCUCUCGGCCGGUCAGCGAUAUCCCCACUCGUCCCACACGCGUUUGGAGCAACAUCGAGAGCACCGAUUGGUGGGAGCGGGUGGUCAUGAGAGAGUUCCAGCCCUCCGAUUGGCUGGAAAAGUUUCGCAUGACUAAAGAGACCUUCUUUCUCCUCUGCGGCAAGCUGAAGCCCCGCCUUAAUCGUCAAGACACCCGGCUCCGCCCCGCGCUGCCCCUGGAAAAGCGGGUGGCCGUAGCCUUGUGGCGCCUGGCCUCGAAUGUGGAGUACCGUACCAUCAGCACCCUGUUCGGCGUGGGCCGCUCCACCGUCUGUAAGUGCGUGCGGGACGUGUGCCACGCCAUCGUCUUGCUCCUGCGACCGCUCUACCUCCGCACGCCCAGCGAGCACGAGCUGGAGGACGCUGCUGGACUCUUCGCCUCCCGCUGGGGCUUCCCGCACUGCGUGGGCGUGGUCGGCAGCCUCCACGUGCCCAUCAUCGCGCCGUCCAGCAACACCGACAACUACUGGAACAGCCGCGGCUGGCUGUCAGUGGUCACGCAAGGCGCCGUCAACGGUCUGGGUCAGUUUUGGGACGUGUGCGCCGGCUUCCCUGGCAGCACCGAACACUCGGCCAUCCUGCAGAACUCUACUCUGUGGGCGCGCGCGAGCGACGGCUUUCUGCUGCGCGACCCGCCUCUGAACUUGGUGGGCCGCCCACUGGGAUACCUGAUGCUGGGUGACGCUGGCUACCCUCUGAAGAGCUGGCUGUUGAAGAGCUACCCAGAAUCCGGCGAGCUCACUGCCGCUCAGAGGGCCUUCAACCGCAAGCUGGAGCAAGCGAGGGGCGUGGUGGACGAUGCCUUCCUGCGGCUGCGGGCACGUUGGCAGUGCCUGCUGAAGCGCAACGAUUGCCGCAUGGACGUGGUGCCCACCAUGAUCCUGGCGUGCUGCGUACUUCACAACGUGUGCGAGGUGCACGGUGACGAGUUUGACAGGAGGUGGGAGGAGGCGGUGCGUCACGAGGAGAGCCCACAGCCUGCCGACGAGGUGUCGCCCUCUGCUGACGAGCCUCAGGCGGAAGAGGUCCGAGCUCUGUUCUGUCAGUACUUCCUGCAGCAGGAGAACCAGCGGAGAACUUUAGCUUGCUGACGAGAAAGCGCAGCAUGAUAACGUUCUGUGACACGAUCGGAUGUGUGUUGUGAGAGAAAAGACCCUCAGUGCGACUGGAAUGUUAAAGGACAGCCUGGUGUCAUGAUGAACCUGUGUGUGCUGUCAGGAGCUUCACAACACUCAUUUCAGUUUGUUGUCGGUGUUCCUUUGGCUCAUGUUCCAGAGGACUUUGAUUUCACGUGAAGGCACGCACACACACACACACACACACACUAGGGCUGCUCGAUUAUGACAAAAAUGAUAAUCCUGAUUAUUUUGGCGAAUAUUGAGAUCCUGAUUAUUUGACAAGAUAACUCAUUACCUUUAAGAACAACAUAGAAACUGAAAAAACUUGACUAUUAAACUGAGAAUUCAACUGAAAAAAUACAUAUAAAUGUGAAAAUAGCACCGCUGAACCACGUGGAAAGGCGUGCGCUUUAUAUGCGCUUAGAUAAAAUGUAUAAAUAUAUAUAAUCCGGUGGAUUUAUACCACAAGAAAAGAGAGGAUUCAUGCAAAAUGGAAUGCGGCAGAAUAAUUGUUUAUCUUGAUAAGACACUGUGUUAGAAUUUGACAGUCAAAGAAAACUACAUUUGUGAAAACAACAUAUUUUCCCUUCAUUAAAGGGAUUUUUAUUUGUCUUGGAAUUUUCUUUAAAAUUGCAGAUUAGUUUUUUUAUUUGACAUAAAAGAUAUUACUUGACAAAUAUAUGUGCAGCAUUUGAGAAAUAAUAAAAGGGCAGUUGUUUAUUAAUCAUUAUUACACGGCCCAUUUGAAUGCUUGAUUCUGAUUGGGCAGUUGCGACAUUCCAUGGGUUGUCAUUUUUAAAUAACAACCGCUCAAAACUAAUAACACCCUGUUAACCACAUGCUGCAAAUCAUUUUGAGAGGGGCAGUUUAAUGUUACACAUUCAUGUAUUAUGAAUAUGUCUUUUAAUAACAUAUAUGACAUUAUAUUUAAAAAUGAGUAAACCAAUUUGCCUUUUUGUGACGUUUGAACGUCGUUUCUUACUUUAAAACCGAAACUAAGUCCUCACUGACGCUCUGCAUUCAGUAAAAAUGAGCUAAUAAAUAAAUAAAUAAAAUUCUCGCCGUGUAAUAAGCGGGAUAAUGUUCAAGCAGCCGGCUGUUAUCACCAAAUAUACCCCAUCAGUGUGACACAAAUUUCAACUGAUCACACUGUAAGGGAAUAUUCUGCGAUAACAACUGGCUGUCUGUACAUUAUCCCUUAAGCGUGAAAGGUCUGGUGAGCUGAGUGAAUCGUAACAUCUCUAAUCACGUGUGAUGCUGAAUGACAGACACUGGAGUCAACUGGAGUAAACAUGAUAGAUUCAUGUCUAUAUUUCUGUCUGGUAGUGUGAUACAUGUUUAAAGUGAAAACAACAGUUGUGUGCACAUUGAGUACAUCAUGAAUAUCACAUGGUUUCUGAUCUGUUCAGUCAUCAUGUGAGUUUCUGUUUUGUUUUGUUUUUUGGAGAGAUGUCUGACUGUGUUAUUUAACACCGACAUUUUACUAAUUCUGAUUGUUAACAAUAAAUAAUGUUUAAAAAUAAAAGCAGUUUUUAAUGAAU